AUGUGUUCUGGCUCUCAGGUACGUCGCUUGGCUUGGGCUUAUCAUGUAAAACAAAACAAGCUGAAGAAACUUCAGAAGAGAGCUUUAAACAGAAAUCCAGAUGAAUUUGCUUUUCAUAUGAUAAAUUCUGAAAUGAAGGAUGGAUUCCAUUUCGAAAAAGAAAAGCCUGAACACACUGAAGCUCAACUGAAGAUAAUGCAAUCGCAAGAUUUGAAUUACGUAAAUUAUAAAUUGAGUACAGAAAUUAAAAAAAUAGAAAAGUUGAAGAGUUCCUUAGCCAUAUUAGACAUUGAUGAGAGACCAAAAAAUGUACAUACUUUUUAUGUUGACUCGAAAUCAGAAGCGAAAAGAUUUGAUGUUGCUAAACAAUUGCAAACUCAUCCAUCUCUACUGGAUAGGCCUUAUAACAGACCCACAUUAGAAGCUUUAAAACGACUGAAACUCAAAGAAGGAUUGGAUGAAGAAAGCUUCAAAAAAGCUGCAGAUCAUAUUAAUCAGCAAUACAAUGAGCUGUGUAAGAGACUAGAACGUGCAAAAGAACUUCUUAUCAUCAGCCAGAAAUUGGAAAUGAAAAAGAAAUUAGUGGGCAAGAACGAGCCUCCUUCAAAACUUGUGAAAGAAGCUACAAAAACUAGUGCACCUAUAUAUGUAUGGAAAAAGGAAAGAAAACGUUAGCAUAUUAUGUAAUAUUAUAUACAUAUAGUAUUUAUAUUUUUAUUAAAAGUGAAACUUAUUUGC